UUAAACCCCCUCUCUCGUCUCUCUCUUUCUAUCGUCUCUCAGUAUCCAAACCCGACAAUGUCAUCGGGUUCGGGUUCUCUCAUGUGGUUCCGGAAGGGCCUGAGGAUCCACGACAACCCUGCUCUCGAGUACGCCUCCAAAGGCUCCAAUUUUCUCUACCCGGUGUUCGUGAUCGACCCGCAUUACAUGAAGCCCGACCCGGAAGCAUUCUCACCCGGGUCAUCCAAAGCCGGCCUGAACCGGAUUCAGUUUCUGCUCGAGAGCCUUAGGGAUUUGGAUUUGAACCUCAAGAGGCUCGGGUCCAGAUUGUUGGUGCUCAAAGGCGAGCCCAGCGAGGUACUCAUUCGUUGCCUGAAGGAGUGGGAUGUGAAAAAGCUCUGCUUUGAGUAUGAUACAGAACCAUAUUAUCAAGCUUUAGAUGUUAAAGUCAAGAGCUAUGCCUCUACGGCUGGCAUUGAGAUUUACAGUCCUGUAAGUCACACACUCUUCAAUCCCGCAGAUAUUAUACGGAAGAAUGGGGGAAAGCCACCUUUGAGUUAUCAAUCAUUUCUGAAGCUUGCUGGAGAGCCCUCAUGGGCGUCGUCCCCACUUUCUAUUACACUUUCUUCACUUCCUCUGGUUGGGAAUACUGGAAAUUGCAAUAUUUCAGAAGUUCCAACGGUCGAAGAACUUGGCUAUGAAGAGACUCAACAGGAUGAAUUGUCUCCUUUUAGAGGUGGUGAAACAGAAGCCUUGAAGAGGUUAAGAGAAUCAAUUGAAAACAAGGAGUGGGUGGCCAAAUUCGAAAAACCUAAGGGUGAUCCAUCUGCAUUUCUGAAGCCAGCAACAACUGUUUUAUCACCUUAUUUGAAAUUUGGUUGUCUCUCUUCCAGAUACUUCUACAUAUGCCUUAAAGAUUUAUAUAAAAAUGUCAAAACGCAUACAGUACCUCCGGUGUCUCUUGCUGGACAGUUGUUAUGGCGAGACUUUUUCUACACGGUGGCAUUUGGCACUCCUAGUUUUGAUCGGAUGAGGGGAAACAAAAUAUGCAAGCAGAUACCUUGGAAUGAUGAUGAUGAACUGCUGGUGGCUUGGAGGGAGGCUAGAACAGGAUUCCCUUGGAUUGAUGCCAUCAUGACCCAGCUCCGCAAGUGGGGUUGGAUGCACCAUCUAGCACGACACUGUGUUGCAUGUUUUUUAACUCGUGGUGAUCUGUUUGUUCACUGGGAAAAAGGGCGUGAUGUUUUUGAGAGGCUUCUGAUUGAUUCAGAUUGGGCAAUUAAUAAUGGAAACUGGCUAUGGCUAUCGUGCUCAUCAUUUUUCUACCAGUAUAACCGUAUCUACUCCCCAAUCUCGUUUGGAAAGAAGUACGACCCAAAUGGUGAUUACAUUAGACAUUUUCUCCCUGUACUUAGAGAUAUGCCAAAGGAGUACAUUUAUGAGCCAUGGACGGCUCCUCUAAGCAUUCAAAACAAGGCAAAGUGCAUAAUUGGAAGAGAUUAUCCAAAGCCAGUGGUUGCCCACGAUUCUGCAAGCAAGGAUUGCAGGAGGAGAAUGGCUGAAGCAUAUGCAUUGAACCAGAAGAUGAGUGGCAUGGUGAGCGCAGAAGAUCUAAGAAACUUGAGGAGGAAACUGGAGGAAGACCAAAAGCCAGAGGUCGAAAAUAAACGGCAAAGAAAGCUAAUUGGCUGAUGGCUAACUCCAAAGCUCUUCUGUUUUGCUUGGCAGUUCUGGGACUGAUGGACGGCGGUGAGUCAAUGGCACAAUGAGUCGCACAAGUAGAGCCAUCUAAUUGUAGGAACAUCAACUGAAUGUAGUUGCUGACAGCCAGGGUCAUGCUUAAUCAAGAAUGAUUAAUGAUUAUUUGGUGCUAGCCUUCUAAACUUGGUGUCUCUUUCAAUGACCCCAGCAUCAUCAUGUGGCCUAUGCUUUGUAAUUCUGCAUUGCCGCAUUGCAGCCUUCCUCUAUCAUCAACUCUGUUGUUAUUUUAGACAUAUAUUGUACAUAGCUGCUUGUGCUCCAUUAAUUAUUGACUGAAUAUUUUUCUGAUAUUGCAAACUCAAAAUGCAGCUGAAACAUAUUCUCUCCUUGAAAUUAGUUUGAUGCUCAGGACUUUUUUCUUUUUGCCAA